AUGGUGAAGCAAACUCCAUCUGCAAUGAUCACUCUGCUUCUUCUCCUCUUCAUUUUAACAGAAGUAGUGAAAGGGGCUGAGAAGUCACAUGGAAUGAAACUGUUUGUUUUUGGAGACUCCUACGUUGACACAGGAAACUUUUUGAAAUCACCAUCAUAUAAGCUUCCUAGUGGAAUCACUUUUCCUGGUAAUCCUGCUGGAAGGUUCUCUGAUGGUCAUGUCCUCACCGAUUACGUUGCUUCCUAUCUGAAAAUUAGAUCCCCGACACCAUAUAUAUUAAGAAAUUCCUCAGACCUACAAUAUGGUAUGAACUUUGCUCAUGGAGGGACUGGUAUUUUCGAUACUUUUGUUGAUGGACCAAACAUGACUGUCCAAAUCGACGAUUUUGAAAAGCUAAUUGAACAAAAUGUCUAUACCAAACACGACCUAGAAUCCUCAGUUGCUCUUGUGAACGCUGCGGGUAACGACUAUGCUACUUUUCUACAACGAAAUCACGGGAGCCUUCAGGGUAUAAAUGUCCUCACUGCAUCCCUCAUUAAGCAAAUGUCUUUAAACCUUAGACGCAUCCACAGCUUGGGAGUAAACAAAAUAGCAGUUGGGUUAUUAGAGCCUAUAGGUUGUAUGCCCGUGUUAACUGCGGCAUCUUCGUAUGAGAAAUGCAUUGAGCCUUUAAACUUGGUCUCCCAAAAUCACACCCAAACUUUGCUUCAAACUGUGCACCAACUUAACAAGGAAAUGGGAAAAUCUGUUUUUCUGACACUAGACCUAUACAACUCUUUCCUCUCCAUAAUUGCAACAUUGCAAAAAAAGCGUGCUGAAAAUCCAACGCUGAUGAAUCCGUUGCAACCAUGUUGUGAGGGAGUGAGCUUAGAACAUUCAUGCGGAAGUGUCGACGAGAAAGGAACAAAGAAAUAUUCUUUAUGUGAAAAACCGGAGCUUUCUUUCUUUUGGGAGACAGUGCAUCUUUCUCAAAAUGGUUGGCAUGCGAUAUACUUGAUUUUGCAAUCUUCUCUUGCCAAACUUAAAGAGGAAAAUUUCUGA